AUGUUCUUCUUCUUCGUGUGCGGCGAGCACACCUUCCGCAAGCCCGUCGAGGGCUACGAGGGCAUGGUCUGCCAGUGCUACAACUGCGGCAACAUGGCCGGUCACGUCAUCAAGAGCCAUCCGUGGUUCACCUUCUGCUGGAUUCCCGUCAUACCCCUCUCCGUCAAGGGUUACACCGACGUCGUCUGCCACAUCUGCAACUUUGCCCAGCCGCUGGAGAACCGCCCCGACGUCACGUCGAUGAAGGGCGGCGGCGGCCCGGGGUACCCGCCGCAGCAGGCCCAGUACCAGUCUCCCCAAGGUCCUCAAGCGUGGGGAGGACAUGGUCCGCCUCAUUACAGCUGA